CUACAACAAUCAACGCGUAAAAAUACCAUGGCGUUUACAAAUUGGUUAGGUUUAAUCAAAAAUGCAAAAAAAUCCUCCGUUCUGCAUGGAAACGUACGGAAGAUCUAUUACCAAUUUGCGGAUGGCCGAGAGAUGGCUGAAGAAUAUAGUACAGAAACUGGAGUAGUUUUGAGACGUGCCUGGAAGAAAAAAUCAGCUAUAAUUCAAAAGGAUGAUUGGAUAACUGAGCUUGGCGAGCCUAUUUCCAUGGGAUUGAACGAAAACGAUUGUAUACUGAAAGAAUCUUCCUCUGAGCCAUUAUUAUCGAAAAGACUUACACGAAACUCGAUUGAAUGGCGCAUACGAAAUUUACCGUAUCCAUUAUCAACGUACACUGUUACUUGUGAGCCAGACAAAACCAUACUAGUUCGAACAUCCAACAAAAAAUACUAUAAAAAAAUACACGUCGAGGAGUUUUUGCGUUGCAAUUUUGUGCCGAGGCAAGAAGAUUUAACAGUAAGGCACAACAAUGCUACACUAGUAAUUACGUACAAGAAACCAACGAUUUUGCUGGAAAUGGAGCGAUCCGUACUAUUAAUAUUACAAGACAUAGAAACAAUGGAAUAUGAUAAUUUUAAAUGUGAGGAUUUGAUUAACGAACUUUCGAUGCAAUAA